AUGGUUACCACCCACAACUUCAUGUCUACUGUUCAUCUCCUCCUGAUUUUUUUCUUCUCUUUGCUUGGAACUGCAUCCUACCUGCAACUUAUUAAACCAGUUUCAUGCACCAAAAGCCAUAUUUUCAGAUGCUCAAAGGUGGAGAGGGAAGCACUUCUUAGCUUCAAAGAAGAUCUCACUGAUCCAUCGGGUCGUCUAUCGUCUUGGGUUGGUGAGGAUUGCUGCAAUUGGACAGGCGUUGGCUGUGACAACACCACAGGACAUGUCGUCAAGCUGGACCUCAAAAACUCAUUUCCAACGAUUGAAUUUGAUCUUUAUUAUGAAGACAAUGAAUUUCAUGUAGCAACAGAAUAUGACCGUCAUGUUGAUGAAAUAGCAAAAGCUCACAACAAGUCGUGUUUGGGAGGCAAGAUAAGUUCUUCUUUACUCAAUCUAAAGCAUUUGAGUUACUUUGACCUAAGCUUGAAUAAUUUUAAUGGAAUCAAUAUUCCAAAGUUUUUUGGUUCCCUGGAGAGUUUAAGGUAUCUCAAUCUCUCUUUCUCAUUUUUUUCCGGAGUUAUUCCACCCCAUCUCGGGAAUCUAUCAAGGCUGCAAUAUCUAGAUCUCAAUUCAAUUUCAUCCGCCUUCAUCAUGGUCAAUCCCUUUACAGGAUUGGAAGUCAGAAGCCUAGAUUGGUUUGUUGGUUUUCCUUCUCUUAGGUACCUUAAUUUGGGAAAUGUAAAUCUUGAGAAAGUUCCAAAUUGGAUUCAUGCGGUUAAUAUGCUUCCUCCCUUAUGGGAGUUACACCUAGCUGGCUGUGGACUUGUCAGUCUUCCUCACUCUAUUUCUUCCAUCAACUUUACAAAGCUUUCAGUCAUUGAUCUCUCUUUUAACUUUUUUAACUCCUCCCUACCUCACUGGUUGUCAAAUAUGAGUGGGCUUUCAACAAUCAAACUUGAGUUUAGUGGGCUUAUAGGUGAUAUUCCAGUUGGUUUGGGACAUCUGAACAAUUUGCGCAACUUGGAUUUAGGUGACAACCAUUUUGUUGGGAAGAUUCCAAACUCAUUUUCUAACCUUUGCAACUUGCAAACAUUAGAUCUGCGAUUUUCCAACAUAAGUGGGGAGAUAACUGAUUUCUUGGAUGGCUUAUCUCAAUGCUCUAACAGUAGCCUUGAAGAUCUAAAUUUGGGUCAUAAUAUGUUGCUUGGGGGGAACUUGCCCCAUUCGUUGGAAGGACUCAAGAAUUUGAAAACUAUUGACCUCUUUCGAUGCUCCAUCACGGGUUCAAUUCCAGAUUCUAUUGGAAACUUGUCAUCAUUGCAAACACUUGACCUCUCAUACAAUCAAAUGAACGGAACAAUUCCAAAAAGCAUUGGGAAACUCUCAAUGCUUGUUUUGUUGAGCCUUGGUGGAAAUUCUUGGGAAGGUGUCCUAACUGAAGCUCAUUUUCAAAAUCUCAUCCGAUUAAAAUUUCUCUACUUGUCUACGAAAUGGACAUUGAUUUUAGAUGUCAAACACGAUUGGGUUCCUCCUUUUAAGCUGAUCAAAAUUAAAUUAGCAAACAUGCAGAUUGGCCCAAACUUUCCAGCGUGGCUAGAAACACAAAAUGACCUCAAUUUUCUUGGGCUCGACAAUGUUAGCAUUUCCGACACCAUUCCGGAUGGCCUUUGGAAGUCCUGCCCAAAUGUUGUCUCUUGGAGUCUAACUGGUAACAAAUUACGGGGGCAGGUACCAUAUUUUCAAUUUCACCCUUUGGCAUCUUAUUUUGAUUUGAGUUCCAACAAGUUAGAAGGUCCACUUCCACUUUUUCAUAGUAAUCUGAGCUCCAUAUUUCUCCAAAAUAAUUUGUUUUCCGGACCUAUUAGUGAAAACAUAGGUGAGUUAUUGCCCAAGUUGUCUUCGAUUGACCUCUCUUCAAAUUCAAUUACUGGCAGAAUUCCUUAUUCUAUUGGAAUGUUAAAGGAAUUGAGCUUUCUUAUUUUGAGAAACAAUUCCCUGUCUGGGAAACUCCCCCCUCAUUGGAAGGAUUUGCAACAGUUAUUGGUGUUGGACCUAGCAGAAAACAAUAUAUUUGGAAAUGUUCCAAGUUCAAUGCGACAUCUGAGUUCAUUAGCACACUUAUCCUUGCGCCAAAAUCAUCUUGAAGGAGAGAUUCUCUCUUUCUUUAGAAACUAUGGAAACUUGACGAGCCUUGAUCUUGGAGGAAACAAAUUUUCUGGAAAACUUCCAGUAUGGAUUGGAGGAAGUCUACCACAAUUAUUGAGGUUAAGCUUGAGAUCCAACUUGUUUCACGGGGACAUACCUCAACAAUUAUGUCUUAUUUCAAAUCUUCAAAUUAUAGACCUUGCACACAAUAAUUUUUCAGGAGUAAUCCCUCAAUGUUUAGGAAACUUUAGUUAUGAUGAUGAUCUGGUUAUGAUCCUUACUGAGCAAAUGCCAAUAGUUUCUAAAGGAAGAGAAAAUCUAUAUGAUGAAUCAACUAUUCAUCUUGUCUAUUCCAUAGACCUUUCGGGAAACAACCUAUCAGGAGAAAUACCCGAUAAUAUAACAAGCAUUUCAAAAUUGGUGAGCAUGAAUUUAUCAAUGAAUCAUUUGACAGGAAGAAUUCCAGAAAAAAUUGAGAAUUUACACAUGUUAGAGUCACUUGAUCUCUCAAUGAAUGAGCUUUAUGGUCCUAUCCCUGAUAGCUUGUCUUCUUUGACAUUCUUAAGUCACUUGAAUCUGUCAUUCAACAACUUGUCUGGAAAAAUUCCAACUGGAAAUCAACUUCAAACACUUAGUGACUCCUCUAUUUACGAAGGUAACUCUUUACUCUGCGGACCUCCUCUUUCAACCAAGUGUUCCGAGGAUGAAACUAAUAUUAAAAUAACACCAAAUGGUGGUAACCAAAAUGGAAGGGGAAUUGAGUCAUUCUCGUUCUGGAUUAGCAUGAUAGUUGGGUUUAUUGUUGCAUUUUGGGGAGUUUGUGGUACACUGAUUAUCAAAACAUCAUGGAGACAAGCUUACUUUCGUAGCUUUGAUAAUUUGAAAGACAAGAUUGUUGUGUUUGUUAUGGUCAAAAUUGUUUGCUUACUAAGGAGUUAG